AUGUUAAUUAAAGUAAAAACGUUGACAGGUAAAGAAAUUGAAUUAGAUAUCGAACCAAAUGAUAAAGUUGAAAGAAUUAAAGAAAAGGUCGAAGAAAAAGAAGGAAUCCCGCCGCCACAACAGAGGCUUAUAUUUGCCGGUAAACAAAUGAGUGAAGAAAAAACAGCCCAGGAUUACCGAGUAAAUAUUGUUUCUAAUUUUAACCUUAUUCAUUUAUAUAUCGCUUUAAAACUUUUUUAA